AUGGAAGGCGAUGAUCUACCUGUUGCCACCCGAGAGCCCAUAACGCCCCCUUUUACCACGGGCCAGAAGACAGCUGUGUUGGAGCUGAGCAAAACUAGUGUCGCUGAUCUCACGAGGGAACUUGAAGACCUGCAAGAGAGAGCUACGCAGGACUUUAAUGAAGCUGCAGUCAGAGCUAUCCGGAGCACUAUCGGACAGGGCGCCAAGCAGGAUGCCCCCAAGGCCGAUCUUUUUGCAAAUUUGCGCCUGAAAAGCCAAGAGCCCCAGCAGCAGAGCAUGCAGUGCAGGAUCACAUUAAAGACCUCUCACAGCGUGAUUGAAAUCACUACCCAUAAAGAACGGGCACCCGCCUAUGACUACCCCAGCCUCGAGGUCGAUAGGCUUAUACCUGCUCCGCAGACAGCGAAUGCAUAUCAACCUCACAAGGGCGACAUUCUGGACGAAGGGAGACGGAAGCAGUGGAGGAGCCACAUACGCGAGUUGCACGAAUCUAAUAUUGCAAGCCUCGAGGGUAUUCCCAUCAGGAAGAAGCUGAAAAUUGUGGUCCACCACGAGAGGCUCCUGCAAGCAGGGCUGUACCUGGAGUCGUGGCUGGAAGAGAACAGCUGUUCCGUCAUCCUCGACGCCUUGAGGCAUCCAGACAAACAGCAGCCCGAGCUCACCGAGGAGAUCCAACACUUGACCGCCAACAUCCGGGCGGCCUGGGCCUCGAUCUAUCAUGAAGACGGACAAGUGCGCAACAUCCCAAUAGAGAAACUGUGCCUCGACGAGGCUCUCAACGCUAUUCCACGUGCAGAAGACAGAUUUGCCGCCCCCGACGCCAACAGCGUAUACAAAAGGCUUGCCUGUGGAAUAUGUUUCAAGCACGUCUGCGAACAUGGCUACUACGCGAAUGAUAACCAGCGACAGCGCUUCCUGACCCAUGACCCCCCGGACCCCACGCUCGACACCAGCAGGACGCCCAAGCCGAACCCCUGGUACACGCGAGGCAAGAAGCGGUUGAGGGGGUUAGCAAGCGAUCACGAGCACCAAAAGCCGAAUUGGGACCAUCCAAAGAGACGCUGGGACAACGUUUGCGGCCUUCGAGGCUGCGACCACGAUGGACCCUGCGACGACAUAUGCCCCAGCGGAAAGAAUUGUUUUGUCGGCCAGGAGGUGAAAGCACGCCGGCCUCUGCUGAAGAAAGGACGCGCGAAGUCAAAGGUUGACGCAUGUAUCUGCGUCCAGCUCAACCGCGAGUGCGACCCGGACCUGUGCGGCACAUGUGGUGCGAGGGAGGCUGCAGACCCUCUGAGCACCGAACCGGCCCACACGUGCCAGAACGUAACCAUGAACAGUGGACAGUCGUGGCGCGUGGCUAUCGGCAAAAGUUGCACACACGGAUACGGUCUCUUCGCUGCUGAGAAAAUACCCAAGCAUGCCAGUGUCAUCGAGUACACGGGUGAGUUGGUGUCUGGCAUCGAGGGCGAGCGCAGAGAUGCAGAGCUGCGCGCCCCUUUUGAGGGCAUGCGGGCCAUGUCGUACAUGUUUACCAUGAUUGGAAAUCCCAACAGUAUCGGGAAGAGUGUUUGGAUUGACGGUGCCAAGUACGGCAACCUCAGUCGCUACAUCAACAGCGAAUCGCGCGACUCCUCACUGAUCAACCUCAAGCCGAAGCAUGUCAUCAUCAAUGGCACGAUGCGGAUCGUGCUCGUGGCGCGCAGAGACAUUGCGCCGUGGGAAGAGCUCUUCUUCAACUAUGGCUCGCAUUUCUUCAAGGGACAGUGUGCUCGAAAGGGGGACAAGAAGAAAGGACCGGGUCGCGUGUAUAAAGCUACCGCGGCCAAGGAUGUCUCGAGGCCGUCCACUGCCAUACCAAACAAAACCAAAGCUCAGGAGCCGGCUCUCAACACACGUGCGAGGACCGCUCAAGCGGCGGUGGCGGGAACCAGAAGGCUUCCUCCGACAGAGGCAGAGCCGAAACUUGCAGAGCGCAAGCCUCCACGCAAUGUUGCCAUGAGGCAUCAAAAUGCCCCCAGUAAAAGGGCUAGAACUGGGCCAGCUACUACUUCACGGGCCGAGUCUCCAGCCUAUGAGACGGAAAUAAGUGAUAGUCAGGGGGACGAUGGAAGUGUAGACGAAGAGUAUGAGGACGAGGACGAGGAAGAAGACGGGAUGGACGAGUCCACAGAGCGAGAGAGUUCCAGCGAGACUUCUGGUGAAGCCGAGGGUACAGACAGCGUGGACCAGGGGCCUCGGCAGCUGCGGUCACGUUCAAAUCUUGUCCUGCGCAGCAGGGGGCGUCGAUUGAUGAAGUAA